UCAUCGCUGCAUGGCUUAACAUUGGCAUGGAUGCUGUGCAUGGUACUGACCAAAAGAGUGACAAAUUUUGGACAAAAAUUUGGGAAUUUUUUUGCGCGAACAAUACUUACGGAACCACACGUUUUAGUACCUCCCUAUCAAGUCGAUGGGGAAAUAUUAAUAGGGAGACAAGUAGGUUUGCUGGGUUCAUGGCUAAAGUUGAAGCUCGAGAUAAAAGUGGUACAACUAACGAGGACAAGUUGAAAGAGGCAAAGGAACUAUAUAAAGCUACACCAAAUCCAACAUCCGGCAAAUACCUAGCUUUUGCUUAUGAACAUUGUUGGGUUGUGUUGAAAAACCAACCAAAGUGGAGUAUACUUAAGGAAAGAUCAAAAAGGCUCCCUCAAACUCCAAGUUCAAUCAAUCAAGUUGAUAGUAAUGAUGAUGACACAGUGGUACUAGAGAGACCAAUUGGUAGAAAAGCCGAAAAGGCUAAGCGAAAGAGGCCAGAUGAUGAUAAGGGUUUUGAUGAUUAUUUGGCCAAAAAAUUGCAAUAUAUUUAG